AUGUUCUUCUACGUCGACAAUACCGGCCGUAGACCUCGACUGACCUACGGCGCAUUGGCAAUGGGAGCUUGUUAUUUCGUGGUUGGUGGCCUACUCUCUGCUGGCAAAAUUGUCCCAGAUGGCGUCGACGGCAACCCCAACAUCCCGAUCCUACUCACUGGCGCCAAAGCAAACACUGUCAUUGCCUUCUGUUACCUCCUGAUCAUCGUCUACGCACUCACUCUCGCACCCGUUUGCUGGAUCUAA